GGCUUUAUGAUUGAACAUUCAUUUUCUAAUUGCUGUCUUGAUGAUCUCAUGGGCUGGCUGCAUUUUCCGGCGUUGUGAAAUAUGAACGUUCUCUUUUGGUCCAAGUCCCGUCCUUGGAGGCUGGCUUUUGCGGGACAAGCUCUCUGCUAUUGUCCAUGCUAUCCUUUGCAUUUCAUGAAUUCGUUCAUCUGUCAUAUCUUCUCCACUGUCUUUGAGUUUUGCUUUUUCGCCCUUAUAAUAUCCACCAGCAUCCUACCUGCACUAUCUGUAACUUCUUGGGGGUCCGGAGCGGAGUCUUCUGCCUAGAAUGAUUUACUAUGCUCUACCUCCUUCUAAUAAUGUGCAUACCACACCUUCAUUGGGUGCUUCAAGAUAAUGACGGAGGAGGAACGGGAAACU